AUGUUUAUGAAAGCAUCGGUUAGUGAGCGACAACUUAUGGUAAAAAAAUCACAAUUGUGCUUGAACUGUCUACGUGUGGGGCAUUCACGUUCAGUCUGCUCCAUGGAUAAAGUGUGUAAAAUGUGUGGUUUCAAACAUCAUACAUUAUUACACAAUGUAACAGCCAAACAACAUUUUUCAGAAGAAGAUCCAGGAUCCACAUCGAAAACUACUGUCAAUAAUGAAACAGUAAGUUCCACAACAAUCAUAGAUACUACCGAGGCGGUCGUUGCACAUGGGAUGCCACGCUCUCCAGCAGUGUCAUCCGUACUUCUUUCCACUGCACUUGUCCAAGUACAUGGGUCAAACGGUAGGACAGAACUAUGUAGAGCGUUGCUAGACUCAGCCUCACAAUCCCACUUCAUAACAAGCAGCUUGGCCACCAGACUAGGACUACAACGUGUCAACUGCCCUGUAACGGUAGAAGGCAUUUCAGACGCAUCUACCAAGAUGUCUGAGAUGACAUUUCUGAGUGUGUCGUCUAGGAUAUCCGACACAAAUUAUAGGUUGACUGCCAUAGUCACACCUCGGGUCACCGUGGAUUUACCCACUAAGAGAUGCAGCGUGGAUACAUGGACACACUUUAAAGAUGUCUCUCUGGCAGAUCCUAACUUCCAUGUACCUGGACGCAUUGAUCUAUUAAUAGGAGCUGAAGUAUUUUUGGACUGCAUAAAAAACGGUAAGAUCAGUGGACCUGCAAAUACACCCACACUGCAGAACUCCAAAUUUGGCUGGAUUGUUUAUGGCACUACUGAAAUGCAAUCAAGUCAACAGACACAAUUGCCAAGUAUAGCUAGCCGUGUGGUCACUAGUUGUGCCAUUACAUCGUUGGACAGAACAUUAAGAAAUUUUUGGGAACUGGAAGAGGUGCCACGACUAUCCACGAUGUCAGCAGAAGAAAAAAUGUGUGAAGAACACUAUCAGAACACACACACAAGGGACAGCAGAGGACGAUAUGUACUACAGUUGCCUUUUAAGAAAGAUAUACCUAGUAACAAUAACUCAUACUUAAAUGCACUUCGACGCUUAAACCAAGUGGAGGCUUUCUUGUCCAAACACACAGACAUCAGUAUUCAAUACAAGGAGUUUAUGCGAGAAUAUCAAGAUUCAAAUCACAUGGAAAAGUACUACCACAUGACGAGCACCAACCAGUGA